UUCUCACGGUCAGAUUCCCACGGUCCGUAUUUUACUUCCUGUGCUGACACAUUAAAGAUGGAGAUCGACAGCAACAACAUCAGCGGGAGCAGUGGAAACGAGUCAUAACUGCUUGGUCACCUGCCCGUCUUAUAAAUGGUCAAAGACUAUGGAAGCAAGCAAUAUUUUAAAGUUACUCUGUUGUCUCCUUUGUGUUGCUGAUCAUGACGUUACAGGAAUACCUUACCCAGGCGAUGAUGCUUCUGUGCCUGAACUAGUCCAAUACUAUCAUCAAUUAUGCUACACGUCCCUUCAAAUAUGUGGAUUUCUUUUGUUUGUCCACGGAACAUUCAUGAGUUGUUCCAUGUUAAAAAGACUUAAGAGAAGAUUAAAUAUCAGACGGCGUAACAACCAGUCGCCAUUACCUACAGUUGUAAGGACAAUCCUGGCUUUACACCGUAAUGGCCUGUCUAAUGUUGGAUACAGGUAUAUGUGGAGGACUCUGAACAUAGGCUUUGGACUUUGCGUCACACAAUCAAGAGCAAGGCUUUGCUUAAGAACAAUAGACCAACAGGGUGUACUCAACAGAUCGCGUCGAGUUCUUCGAAGGAGAGUGUACUACAAUAGAGGACCAAACUAUCUGAUUCAUGUCGAUGGUUACGAUAAAUUAAAACCCUACGGCAUAGCUAUACAUGGGGCAAUCGAUGGAUACUCUCGUAAACUUUUAUGGUUGAUAGCAAGUCCCUCCAACAAUAACCCCAGAUAUGUCGGUUACUGGUAUCUUAAUUGGAUCAAACAAAGAAAGAUGCUUCCAAGGGUUGUUCGAUCGGAUGCAGGAACAGAAAACGUCAUAAUGAGGGAUUUACAAAGAUCGUUGCGACAUAAUCAAAACGAUGAAAUGUCGGGACAAAAUUCUUUUCUCGUCGGCAGAUCUGUUGCAAAUCAAAGAAUAGAAAGGCUUUGGGGUACACUAAAAACGAGUUUCACCCAGUUUUGGAGAAACCGUUUCCAGGAUUUCCAAGACACUGGACUUCUUAAUGUAUCGUGUCCAGUACAUAAAGAAUGUGUUCGAUUUUUGUUUCCUCUCCGUUAUCCAACAUCAAUUGGACAUGUUUGCUGA